GUUUUUCGGUUCAAUCAGGCCGGAAAUCGUAACACAUUGAGUGCUGUGUUCGUCAAACAAACUGAAAUAGCUACAUGGUAGUUAGAAUGUUAUCACUAGCUGCAGACAUACAGUAAGUAAUAUAAAACGGCAAUGUGUAUUAAAUCUAUUCGGUAGUAAGUGGCUGUAAUUGAUAGGAAAAGUCAAAUUUAACAGUUAAAUAUGUAUCGUGGACGGCCUCCACCUCGAGGAGGGUAUCCGCCGCCGUACGAGGGCCGUGGCCCACCGCCCCGUGGUCUUACGCCUGGCAGGCCGUAUCCUCGGCCUCCGUUUAGAGAAGAACGAGGAAGGCCCAGACCGCCGUUUGAGGGUUACCAUGACGGACCACCUCCAGACCCAUACAGACGUUCUCCACCGCGCAGGAGGUAUACUUCAGCUGGUUCAGGAAGUCGCAGAGGACCAGGUGGUGAAUACUGGGGCAGCGGCCCUCCCCAAAGAGAAAGAUCUCCAUCUCCCCGUGGUGGCAUCCCCACUGACCACAGUCUAGUAAUCACUGUGGGCAAUGAGUUGACUGGACCACCUGGGGCAGGGCUACCCUCAAGAGACUACCCUCCUUACCUGCCAAAGAGGUCCAGUUAUGACGGCCCUGAUGACCGUGGCCCCAGGAGGCAGAGUCCCUGCAGGGGGAGAAGCCGUCCUCGUAGCCGCAGCCCGGGCUUCGGGGGACGGAGCAAGAGCCGUCCUCGUAGCCGCAGCCCGGGCUUCGGGGGACGGAGCAAGAGCCGUCCUCGUAGCCGCAGCCCGGGCUUCGGGGGACGGAGCAAGAGCCGUCCUCGUAGCCGCAGCCCGGGCUUCGGGGGACGGAGCAAGAGCCGUCUUCGUAGCCGCAGCCCGGGAAUCGAGGGACGGAGCAAGAGCCGUCCUCGUAGCCGCAGCCCGGGAAUCGGGGGACGGAGCAAGAGCCGUCCUCGUAGCCGCAGCCCGGGAAUCGGGGGACGGAGCAAGAGCCGUCCUCGUAGCCGCAGCCCGGGAAUCGGGGGACGGAGCAAGAGCCGUCCUCGUAGCCGCAGCCCGGGAAUCGGGGGACGUAGUAAGAGCCGUCCUCGUAGCCGCAGCCCGGGAAUCGGGGGACGGAGUAAGAGCCGUCCUCGAAGUCGCAGCCCUGCAAUAGGGGGACAGAGCAAAAGCCGCGCUCGAAGCCGCAGUCCUGAAAUGGGGGGACGGAGCAAAAGCCGUGUCAGAAGUCGCAGCCCUGAAAUGAAGGGACGGAGCAAAAGCCGGGCCCGAAGCCGCAGUCCUGAAAUGGGGGGACGAAGCAAAAGCCGGGCCCGAAGCAAAAGCCCUGAAAUGGGGGGACGGAGCAAGAGUCGUGGAAGGAGCAAGAGCCGUCCACCAAGCAGGUCCCGAAGCAGGAGUGGGAGUCAUGGCCAGAGCUAUGGACGGGCCCGCAGUAUGAGCAGAGCGAAGACUGCUGGUCAACGCAGGAGCCGCAGUGUCAGUACUAGCAGCACCAGCAGUAGCAGGAGCAGCAGGGGAGGUGAUAAUAACUUAAAGAAGACGAGUGGGUUCAAGGAGCUGGAGUUGGCCCGUCGCCGCAAAGAGAUGGAAGACAUGCUGAAUAUUCCUACAAAGUCCAUCCUGAAGAGGCGCAUGGACUCUGAGACUGACUCCCCGUCAUAUGUGCAGAACAGUGAUUCUCCAAGAGUUGACCCUGCUGGUGAGGCUGAGGCAGAGCGUCUUCUCUCAGCUAUGAAAGGCAUGGACCCUAUCAUGUUGGCCACAAUGCUGGGGGAGCUGAGGGAUGACCCACAGAUGUCCCAGGGUAGGCUGGACCACAGUGGGAUUGCAGGGAUCCUUGACCUGUUGGGAGGUGCACCUGCACUGCAGGAGGAGAAAAGGAAGAGGGUACCAGACAUUGACGAUGAGGAGAAGUUCCUUUAUGGAGAUGAAGAUGAUGUAGAGCGGGGCAGGGCUCCAGCAGAAGCUCCCCGUCAGCACAGUCUGUCAGAGCUCUAUGGUGAUAUUAUGAGUGAGCCGGCACGCUAUGGCACCUCACCGCACCUAGAGAGCCAUCCUGGUAUUGUAGAUCCGAGAAGCUCUCGUCAGCAACAGAUGGACAUGAGGUAUCGGCAUCAAAGCAGGUCCUCUGCCAUCCCUGACCAUAAUAUCAAGGUUGAAGAGCCUAAUGACUACCCACCAGGAACAGGGCCACUGGAAGGGAAGGAGAAGCAAGACGUGGAGGAGUACGAGAAGAUCCAGGACCUCCUCAAAACCAUCGGGCUGGACCUGGGGGUGACAGAGAUCAGCAAGAUGGCUGCCAGGACUCAGGAGCGUCUGCAUGGAAAGAGGCCCCCUCCGAAAACCCCCUCACGUCGACCUGGCAAGAGGCGGGAUUGCCGUGACUCUUCAGGAAGCUCAGACAGGAGCAGGGGCAGGCGUAGGAGCUGCAGUCGUAGCAGCUCUAGCAGUCGUAGCGACAACCACAGCCCGAGCCGUAGUAGCAGCCGUGAUAACAGCAGGAGCCGGAAGAAGUCACCCCCAUCUGACAGGCACAGCGCCCAUGGGAAGACUCGAGGUGGCAGAGAGGUGAGGACUGAGGACAGUAGCUGGGGGCAGAAGGCUUCACAAGCCCCUGAAACUACUCCAGUGCCACCUACCCACCCAUCUCUCUCCAUGCCUGCCUACGCCCAGGCGCAUGGUCUGGUACCACCCAACUAUCCACCUCCUGGCUAUGGGCAGUAUGGGAACUGGCCUUACAUGCCCCAACAGUGGCCCAUGUACCCACCUCCAUCUAUGGGCAUGCCACCUCAAUCUCCUAUUGAAGAUUUUCCGAAAGCUCCGCCUUUUGACAGACCAUACCUUAAAGUUAUCCAGCCAGAGUUGCACCAGGGGGGUGAUAGAAAGGCAUCAUCCAAUAUGUCCCCUCUAGAUAAUGGCAAGGACAGGAGGGUUUUAGAGGAGCGAAAUAAUGAAAGCCAAAAACAAAAGGUUCUUGAAGAACGGGAAAAACUGAGACGAGACAGAGAGAUCCGCAUGAAAAAGAAAGAUUAUCUCAUGAAGGAACUAGAGAGAUUGCGGAAACAGCAAGGGGAGCUUCUGCGCAAAAAGCGCCGUGAAAAGGAUGGCCACAAGGACCCGUUACUGUCUGAGAUCAGUCGGCUGCAGGAAGAGGUCAUGACUCAGAUUGCUGAGCUCCGCAAAGAGCACGAGGUAGCAGAGAAGAAAAGAUCCGAGCUUGACAAGGUGGCUCUCAUUCUCGGUCUACAACCAAAUGACAAGCCCCGGCGAGAGGGUAGGGGUUCUGCGGACCUUGAGCAGUCAACACACCCACCACCUCCAGAGAAAGAGAAGAAAAAGGAGCGUGCUCACAUCCGAGAGAAAUCACCUGUGGCCCAUGCCUCUGCUAAGGCAGCAUUGUCGUCCUCAAGAGCCUCUCCUGAAAAAACGAAGAAGAAAGCCCCCGCCAGUACCCAGCCUCCUGAGACUCCAGCAGACCAGUUUGAAUACUAUGACGCUGGGAACCACUGGUGCAAAAGCUGCAAUGUCACCUGUGGUUCCAUGUUCGAUUUUUUCACGCACUUGCACAGCAAAUCGCACCGAAAGACUCAGGAUCCUUACAAUCGACCGUGGGCUUCAAGUUCCUCCAACAAUGUGAAGAAUAAGAUUCACUCUUCAGGAGAGAAAAUGACUAAACCUGCUAAAGGAUCUGAGUUUUUGGUGCCAGUGAGGGGAUAUUAUUGCCAGCUGUGCGAGGAGUUUUGCGGGGAUGCAAUUUGCGCUGAAGAUCAUUCCACAAGUCAAACUCACAAUGAGAAAUACAAGAAACGAAUGUAUGAGUAUCCGCUCUACGAACAGAGAAGGAACCUGGAUCGUCAGGCUGGACUCACGUUAGAAGUUAGUGACAAAAAGCACUCUGAGCUUAAACGUAAACACGAAGAGGAAGAGUCCAAAAAGAGCAAAGAGAAGGAGGAAGGGAAACCUAAACGCAGCAAAAAGGACAAGGAAAAGGAGGAGGAGAAGUCCAAACACAAAAGGGAGGAUGAGGUGGAGAGAGUCAAGUACAGCAAAAAUGAGGAAGAAGAGAGGUAUUUGUACCGCAAGAGAGAGGAGGAGGAGCGGUACAAACAUGGUAAGGAGGGAGGAGAGAGGCCCAAGUACAGUAAGAAGGAGGAGGACGAGAGAUACAAGCAUGGCAAUGAGGAGGAGCGGUUCAAAAAUCGCAGGGAAGAGGAGGAGUGGUUCAAAAAUCGCAGGGAAGAGGAAGAGCGGCUCAAAAGCCGUAGAGAGGAUGAAGACAAGUCUAGGUUUAGCAGGGUAGAGGAGAGACCCAAGUUUAGUUGGAGGGAUAAUGAGCAGGAGGAAGAGGAAGACCGGUCCAGAUAUGGGAAGUGGAAAGAGCCCAAUCCCAAAUGUAGCAAGAAAGAGGAGGAGAGGUAUAGAUCAGAGAGGGAGGAAGGGAAACCUAAGAAUGAAAAGGAGGAAAGACAAUCAAGGAAAGAGAAGGGUGGGUGUCAAAGGGAGGAGAAGUCAGGAUCUAGAAAGCAGUCUGAACCUGAGAAAGCCAGUGACCCUCCCAAAGUGUUCUGUGGUCCUAAUCCAGCAUUGAGAGCAAAGCUGCGCAAGAAAAGUGAGGAAACUGCCAAAGUGGAGCCGAAGGCUCCAUCUGCCUUCGGUAAGUUCAGCUGGAAAAAAAAACUAGAGAAUGAGCUUGCGAAGGAGGCUGAGAGAGUGGCUGUUGAGUUCCUGAAGGAAGAUGAGGAGGAGAUUGAAGAGGAUGACGACCCAGAUGCAUUUUCAAAGUCUUUGGCUGCAGCCAAAAGCAUUGCUAUCAAACUGUCAGGGAAGACGGUCAUCUCCCCAACUAGCGCGUGGGUACCCUUCAACUCUGGGAAAAUACGCCCAAACCUCCCUGCUCCUUCCACGGUCCUGAGAAAGCCCUCUGGACUUGGGCCCUGGGUGUAUGCUAAACCGGCCCCUCUCAACACCUUUCUCUCUAUCAGACCACCCGGUGACAGUGGCGUGACCCCUCUGCCUGUCGUACAGAACCAGCCUAAAAAUGACCCAGUACUGGCAGCAGACAUAAUUUCCAAAGCUUUCUGUGGUGAGGAUGUGGAUUUGAAGAAGUCAGCAGGUGGCACUGGGAAGCCAGGUCCCACAUCUACACCAGACGAAAAGAAAGCUUCCACAGCAGAGUCUUUUAGUCAAGCCUCCACAUCCACUCCUUCAGCAGUGAUGCCCGAGUUCAAGACUCCCCUACCUCCUCUGACCAUGAUGACCAUGAUGUUUGAUGUAUCUGCACCAGGAGUCCCUGAGAGUGAGCAGAAUGUCCCUGUGAUGGUCACACCCCCUCCUUUCAUGCAGAGACCCCCAAGUGAGGUGAUGAACAAAUCAGAAAAACCGAAGUCUAAUCUAGCUGCCGCAAAAGCCCAAGAUUUAUUUGACAUAUUCUAUAGCAGCAUUACCACAGCCAGUACCACAUCCAUCACCAGCACAGCCACUAAAGCAGUUGUAGAGUCCAAAGGUGAAACAAAUGACUCAAAGAACAGCGAAGCCUUGGCGACUACGGCCUCACAAAUGAAGCAAACCCAACCCGAGCUCCCAGCUCUUGACAACGGUAACACCAUUGAAACUGAAACUCAGGAGUCAGAGACUGAGAGUGGGUUUGACCCACAGGCCACUAAAGCAGUCGUAGAGUCCAAAGCUGCACUGAAUUACUCAAAGAACGGUGAAGCCUUGGAGGCUACGGCCCCAAAAACAGAGCAAACCCAACCGGAGUUCCCAGCUCUUGACAACAGUAACACAGUUGAAACCUACACUCAGGAAUCAAUAAAGAUGGAGAGUGGGUUUGACCCGCAUGCCACUAAAGCAGUGGCAGAGUCCAAAGCUGCACCGAAUGACUCAAAUAACAGCGAAGCCUCGGAAGCUAUGGCCCCACAAACAGAGCAAACCCAACCUGAGCUCCCAGCUCUUGACAACCGUAACACAGUUGAAACCGACACUCAGGAGUCAAUGGACACUGAGAGUGGGUUUGACCCGCAGGCCACUAAUGCAGUCGUAGAGUCCAAAGCUGCCCUGGAUGACUCAAAUAACAGCGAAGCCUUGGAGGCUACGGUCCCACAAACAGAGCAAACCCAACCCGAGUUCACAGCUCUUGACAACAGUAACACCAUUGAAACCAACACUCAGGAGUCAAUGGAGACUGAGAGUGGGUCUGACCCGCAGCCCAAGGAAGAGACUCCUGAGGAUGCCCCCGUACAACUGGAUAACCCAUCAGAUUCUCUGGGUAUCUCAACAGAGACCCUGGAUCUCCCAACAGAAGUGCUGGGCUUAGACCUCUUUGAUUUUAAUCUUGAGUAACAGACUCCACUAGACAGCAGGCCGUUGGGAAUUUGUGUUUUUAAGUAGUUGAUGGGAUUAGACGGGAACAAGUAGUAACCCACACAAAUACUGCUGAUUCGGAAACUAAGCCCUGUUAACUUGAUGGCCCUAGCAGGCAGCUCGAAUUUGAAUGGAGUGAAACUUCCACUAAAAGACUUGACCUUUAUAUUAAGUGAUGAAUCUUCAGAACUUUAGAAGCUUGUUCUGCAAGCCUUUUGUCUUGAGAAUUUUACUUCUUCGUUCAGCAAAACCUUUCUUUACUUCUUAAAAGGUAAUGUACAGUACCAUGCUUAUUGAUUACUAUGGUUUUUGGUAUAUCCACCUUCAGACUCUUCAGAAAUGUGUUAUUUUCUCUUUAAAUGAUUGAAAGGUAUUUUAAUACAGGAACAAGAACUCACGUUUAAGAAGAAAACUGAAUUUGGUAAGGUAGUGCAGCAUGGACCAAAAGAUAUCUGAACAUGGCUUUCUUUGACAAUUACACCAUGUAAUAUCUGUCACUCUUUACAGCACCCUCCAGAAAAGAAGAUGUGGAUAUAGAUACUCAUGAACAUAACCUUGGAAUUGUUCUUCUUUUUUUUUUUUUUUACUUUUUCCAUUUGUUCACUGACUUUACUAUGCUCAAUGUUAUUCUGUGUUAGUUAGUGAAAAUUAAAAAAAAAAUAAAAAAAAAAAUGGUUGUCCUUUACCUGUUGUUGCCAAAGUAGAGUUCAAAUAAAUUUCAGUGACCACAACAUUUUCUCUGUUAUUUCUCAGAACUUGUAAUCAGACAUUGGAAACAUAAGACAUCAUUGUGGUAUGCCCAGGGUUGGGUAGGUUACUUUCUAAAUGUAAUCCGUUAGUUACUAGUUACAUGUCCCAGUAAUGUAACUUCUGGGUUACCCAAACUCAGUAAUGUAAUCUGAUUACAUUCUGUUACUUUUAGAUUACUUUCCCCUUAAGAGGCAUUAGAAGACAAAAAUGUAUGUUACCAAUUGAAUGACAUCUAUUUAAGCAUCAAUCAAUGUUAAAGUUUACAUAGUUGAUCCAUAUAUGGAUUUAAAAAAUGUUCUUUAUGGGUUGGUUAUGUAGGCUUCUUCUAACCCAUCGCGUUCUACUACAUAUAAUACAUCUUAACACCAGAAUUUCUGUCAUUCCAAUAAAUGUUAUACCCCUUGAUCUUAAUGAAUAGGACUUGUAAAUAUGGAUGUAUAGAUUAGCCAAAUUGUUUUACCUGAGCAUAACCACAAAACUAAGGACUUUUUAGCCAGCCAUACUCUGUUUAUGACUUUGUUGUCAUGGAGGACUGAUUGGGCUCAUUGAUUCGAGUUGAAAAAUAAAUGUUGCGCUCAUGGAAUGGGAUGUUUUGAGCACUACUGAAAAGUGCUAUUUACAUUUGAAAAGUAAAUGUCAUAUGCUACAUUUGCUAAAGUUCUGUUUGCCUAUUUGUUGGUGACACUUUAAACAGCUGCAUAUUAUCAAGGUAUCAAAGGGCAAAUCAACAGAUGAAACAAUAACACGGUUUCCCUGCCUCUUGGUAAAAAGCUGAGUGAUGGACCUGGAGAAAUGUAACCACUCAGAUAAAUAGACAGCUAUGGAUGCAAGAACUGACCAUCCUUGAUAUAACAUUUGUUUAACCAUGUUAAGAGGAUUUAUACAGUGUUUGUUUACAUUCACAAUGUUUACACACAUUGGAGAAAAACAAGUUUAUAUUUUGGGUUCUCAUGGAGUGUGACAGUUGAACUUAGCUCAUAAGGCAUUUCUAAGUUAUAUUCUUCAAGAAUCAAUGUGUGUGUAUAUGUAUGUAUGUGUGUGUGUGUGUAUAUGUAGCAACUACAGAUAGACUUAAAGGGGCAAUCAAAAGUGUGUCGAUUAGGCCUAUGGAUUUAUUUAUUUUUUGUCAGCAUGCAUUAGAUUGGGCAAUAAAAGCCCCACUUGUAUUCCAUAGGCUGGGAUCCGCACUUCGGAGCUGUUUCAAGAGCGCAAUUUUCACUGGCUGUCCGCUGGUUUCAAAAACAAUGAUUUGAUAGACAGCUUAAACUUCUUGAAUUCAACUAUUAUUGGUUUCAAAAACACAUUUAGAUUUGUGAACAGCCAUCUACAACCACAAUCCGCAAGGCGCAAAUAGCUAAAUCAGAGAGUAGCAGUGUGAGUCACAAUCACGUCAAUGCGCUAAGUAGAUAUCAAUAAUAAGUGAUAUCCGUAUCGCCGUAGACUACACCACUGCUGUUAUCCUUAACUCCAAGCGUUUAUUCAAGUUGGAUCAUCUUUGGAUGCCGACAGCAGUCGCACCAUUGGAAGACAUAGCUUGGACUGUAGCCUACAAAAGCCUUUUCCCGCGUUCCAGUAAACACAUUUGGUUUGUCAUCAUUAGAUGGUCAGACUCGCUCAGGUGGAACGGAUUUAAAUGUGUGCCUUUUUUUUCAAUGCUGAUGUGAAUGUCAUUGAGAACAAGUGUCAAAGAAUUUUUUUCACUAACAUCCUUUCUGAAUUUAAAAGUAAUCAUCUAGUUUUUCAAAAGUAUCUGUACUCCGAUUACAAUUUUUUUUUGCUGGUAACAGAUUACAGUUAUCGUUUUUCUAAUCCCUUACGUGUAAAGUCAGAUUUUGUAAUUCCUUACAUGUAAGGGAUUACAAAAUGAUGUGUAAUCCGUUACUCCCCAACCCUGUGUAUGCCCAUUGCAGUCGAAAGGAAUUCUGAAGGAAAAACCUCAGUGGCGGAAAUUCUGAAAGGAACAGAACAAAGUACAUAGGUGUUCUUUAUAAUUGUGUGGAUGAACUAAAUGUUUUUGUCACUUACCUGUGUAUGUAUGGCAAAGCUGAGGGCAGCAUGAAUAAGGCUUUUGGCUCAUAGUUAAACAAUAUUACUUUAAGAAUUAAUUAUAGAAUUCUGAAAGCAAUUGAUUGGAUUUGAGAUCAAAGGUAUGGCAAAGACCAUAUCGGAAGUUUCUGCAUAAUGUUAUGUUCAACAAUGCCUGCUGGGAGAUCAGUCUUCUCUUCAGAAAAAGGUAAAGCCACUCUAAACAAUGAAGAUAUGAUUUUCCUGUGAAUGUUCAGUGAAAUGUGGAUCGAAUAAGGCAACACAAUCUAUACAUGAGGGUAAUUUAUGUACUUGUUACAUAUGUUAAACCAGGGACAGUCUGCCAUAGGAUAUUGCCGUUCUCUGUCUCAUAACAGUCAUUACUCUCUCACUGAAUAAUUAUUCAGCUGUACUGAAAUGCUAAUUUCUAUUCAUGUAUUACACUGACUGUGGUUAAUACUCUAUCGCCACUGGUACCAUAUCAGUGAAUUAUUGCUCACUGUAAGAUCUUUGGAGCAUGACCUAAACUGUUUGGCUUAUUUACUAUGUAUGUGUUUAAAACCUUGCUCAACCAAUGUCAUUUCAUUUGCCAAAUAAAUUAUUUUGGAGGGAA